AGAAAAUUGGCAUUUUGCCUCAAGUUCUUGCUCCGUUGGACUGUUUGUUACAAAAGUGAAUGGCCUACUAUCUUGUACGGUAGCCACAGCAGUUGAAAACACUUUAAAUAAUAAACUACACAUUUAAUCAAGAUGAAGUUAAUAUAUUUGGCGCUUCUGGUCCUGCCCGCGGCUCUCCUGUGUUUCCAAAGCGGUAACACAGUCCUAGCGAGAGCUGAGGAAGACGAGCUUGAUGAUGUAGUGGACAUCGAAGGAGAGGAUAACCAGGUGGUGGGAGAUGACACGCUCGGGGACGAUGAUGACUCCAUUGUUAAAUCCUCACAAGAUGUUGACACCACUAUCCUGUUCACCAAACCUGUUACAAGCUUAGGAGAUGCUGUUUUUGAUCUGCAAGCUGGUUACCCGGUAGAAUUCCUGGUCGGAUUCAUCAACAAGGGUGCAGAGGACUACUUAGUGGAAUCAAUGGAGGCUUCCUUCAGAUACCCGAUGGACUACACUUACUACAUCCAGAACUUCACCGCCCUGCCUUACAACAGGGAAGUGAAGCCAAAGCAAGAGGCAACCUUUGCAUACUCCUUCAUUCCUAACGAGGCGUUCGCUGGCAGACCGUUCGGCUUGAACAUUCAGUUGAACUACAGAGAUGCCAGCGGGAACUCUUACCAGGAAGCAGUAUACAACCAGACCCUGAACAUUUUGGAGGUGUCCGAAGGCUUGGACGGAGAGACAUUCUUCUUAUACGUGUUCCUGGGAGCAGCCUGUGUGCUAGCGCUGGUGCUCGGCCAGCAAGCCCUGGCGUCCCUCGCCCGCCGCCGCGCCCCUAGGGCUGCGCCCCGCCCGCUCGAGACAGGCACCGCUCAGGACGUAGAUUACGACUGGCUGCCCAAGGAAGUCGUCAACCAGCUUAAAAAAUCACCGAAGUCACCCAAACAGUCGCCUCGUUUGAGGAAGGCGAAGAGAUCAGCGGGAGACGAUUAAUUUAAACGUCGUAUAGUAGCUAUUAGUGUACACCAAGCACGCGGAGUGACGAGCGAAUGACCGCGGAGGUUAAACUAACAAUAGGCCUCAAAACUGCAUAAGGCAUAACGACACUUACCACUGCCUUAAGAAAAUAAACACCAUAGACAUUUAAUUUGACAGUUGGACAGGUCUAUUAUUAUUUUAGUCUAUUUUUUAUAUACAGACUGUGUGGUUUGUAGUUGCUAAGUUCAGUGUGUUGUGAGCGUAAAUUAUGGAACAAACAGUGUGGAAGCUUUUUAACAACGUGAGCGAUAAUGAGAAUAUUAUUUAAUAAAAAUGUUAAAUUUUUA